AUGAGGGUCCAAUCAUGGCUAGCCAUCUGCUCCACAACUCACGACUCAAUCAUUCCCUUCUCUAAAACCGAGCCAUCGCCGUCGUCUCGGCCGAAACUCGGAGGUUCUGAUACCAGCAGCUCCUCCGAUUUUCCCAGUACCAGUACUAGCGACACCUCCAGUAGCAGCCUCCAAAGCAAUCUCUCCCUCCAGACGCUGCCAUCUCUCCCCUCCCUCCAGAAGCUCUCCCCUCUCGACGCCCUCGACCUCUCCGUCUCCCACCUCUGCUUCACCACUCUCACACCCCGACAGCCCUCUCUCCCGAUCACCUGCCUCGCGGUGCACGGCGACCUUCUGUACGCCGCAUCGGGCCACGAGAUCAACAUCUACGAUCGAACUGCCUGCACGCAUCUCGAGUCAUUCAGCUCCCGCGAUGCCGGUUCAGUUAAGGCCGUUAGUUUUUCUGACGGCAAGGUGCUCACUUCGCACCAAGAUUCUAAAAUUAGAGCCUGGCAGUUGACGACGGCGACUAAACGGCACAAGCUUUUAACCGUCCUCCCAACCGUCACCGACCGCCUGCGCCGUUUCGUCCUCCCCAAGAACUACGUCACCAUCCGCCGCCACAAGAAACGGCUCUGGAUCGAACACGCUGAUGCCGUUACAGGCAUCGCCGUUAAUAACGGCUUGAUUUACUCAGUUUCCUGGGACAAGAGCUUGAAGAUUUGGCGGGAGACCGAUCUCCGCUGCGUUGAGUCCGUUAAGGCGCACGAGGACGCCGUGAACGCAGUGGCGGUCUCGAACGACGGGACGGUUUACACCGGGUCGGCGGAUCGGCGGAUCCGGGUGUGGGCCAAACCAUUUGGAGAAAAGCGCCACGUGCUGGUGGCGACUUUGGAGAAGCACAAGUCAGCGGUGAAUGCUCUGGCCCUAAAUGACGACGGAUCGGUGCUGUUUUCUGGGGCUUGUGACCGUUCAAUCUUGGUGUGGGAGAGAGAGGACAGUGCGAACCACAUGGCGGUGACGGGGGCGUUGAGAGGGCACGGAAAAGCUAUACUGUGUUUAAUCAACGUCGGGGACAUGUUGUUGAGUGGGUCCGCUGAUCGGACGGUCAGGAUGUGGCAGCGUGGGGGAGACGGGAGUUUUAGCUGUUUGGCGGUUUUGGAGGGGCACGUGAGGCCGGUGAAGUCGUUGGUGGCGGUUGCGGACGGUGGUUCAAACGGUGUCGUUUCAGUUUACAGCGGAAGCUUAGACGGAGAGGUGAAGGUGUGGCAUGUGUCGAUUUCGAAUGGGAACAGUGAGAAUAUUAAUCCAGUGUGUGAGUUGAAAAUGUAA